AUGGCAGUGCCAGGUCGAAAGGUUUCCGAUUUUCAUGGAUCAGUAUCUAAAGGUUCAGCAGAGGAUUUUGACCACAGCUGUGAACCAUGCCUGGCUAUUGGUCAGCAUGUGGAAGCUCAUGGAUUUUGCAUGGACUGUCAGGAAUAUCUGUGCAAAAACUGUUUUGCUUAUCAUCGACGGAUAAAAGCUACGAAACAUCAUAAUCUUCUUGAUGUAGAUAGCAUUGGCAAACACACCAUUCAUAGUGCAGAUUCAGCAUUGUGCGUCGAAAAGUGUCAUAAACACCAAAAUGAGUGUAUCAAGUUUUUCUGCACAAACCAUGAAUUUCUCGGAUGUACUGAUUGUAUAACUCUGAACCACAGGACAUGUAAAAUUGAUUACAUACCUGAUAAAUGUGCACGAAUUGGAGAUAGUGGCGAGUACAGGGAAACAAUGAAAGAACUGGAUCGAAAGAUAAAUGAAAUGGAUGCCAUGCUCAAAAAGGCAACACUACAAGACAAGGAGGUGGAUUCCUCCUAUGACCUAGUCAUAAAAGAAAUUAUUAAGUUCCGCAAAGAGAUAAAUGAUCGCUUAGAUCAAUUACAACAGCAAAUUCAGACAGAUGCUGAGAAAAAGAAGUUCACAGAUAAACAAAGAGUCAAAACGGUGAUUGAAACAUGUACAGCAACUUCUUCAGAUAUCAUGAAAUUCAAGUCAAGUCUUCAAGACAGCAAAUCUUCCCAGCAGAAUGGGCAACUUUACAUCUUGAUCAAGCAAGCAAAAUCCAAACUAAAGUUGGAUGAUUUGAAGAAUCUUCAAGAAUCUUUGGAUAAGACUAACAUUCAAUACAUAUUUGAAAGAAACAAAGAAUUAGAGAACCUCCUUACUAACCAAGAUAUAUUUGGGAAGUUGCAUCUAUCCACUACCCUGGUGAAGAAAGAGCAGAAGAACCUAUCCAUUACUCUGGUGACUCCAAGAAAGAAGAACGUAUUUCAUAAGUUAACUCAAGAAGGAGAUAUAAAUGUAAUGACAAAGUCUGAUAAAAGGGAAUGCUGGAUCACAAAAUGUGCAGUAUUAUCCUCUAACAAGGUCAUGCUGGCUGAUUACACCAACGACAAACUUAAAGUUGUGGACACACAAAGCAAAGCUGUGAUAGAAGAGAAGAAACUUGACUCUGGACCAUAUGACAUUGCUGUAUUGCCUCAGAACCAGAUUGCUGUAACAAUGCCUGAAAGGAAAGAAUUCCUUAUAAUGACAACAGCAAGUAAACUGUCAAUCAGCCGAAGUAUUCAAGUGAAAAAAUAUUGUAGAGGUAUAACUUAUCAUCAACGUCAUCUCUAUGUGCUUUGCCAGGAAUCAAAUAGUGUGCUUAUAAUAGAUAUACAAGGUAAAGUCAAUAACAAAAUUUCCCUAACCAAUGAGAUAUUUGCCAGCCCAAACUAUAUACUGCUCAGCGAAGAUGCCAGACAUAUCUACAUCAGUAACUGUAGCAGCAGCAGUGUUGUCAGUGUCACAUUACAGGGUGAUAUAUCAGCUGUAUACAAGCACCAGGAUCUUGGUAGACCAAUGGGAAUGGUGAUGUUAGAUGAUGGAUCAUUGCUGGUGUGCUGCUACCAUAACAACACAAUACAUCAUAUCUCAGGAGACUGGAAGAAAGGCCAGACAGUCUUAGAUGGAUUAAUGCGGCCACAAUCUAUAUGCUACAAUCAUCAUCAACAAGAAGUCUAUAUUGCUGGAUUAUGUAGCCAGGUGAAGAUUAUGAAAUAG